AUUUUCCUCUCAACCAACACUGCUUUCUCUUUCAGGGUUGGCUUAUCUUUUGCUAAAACCCUCAAAUUUAUUUCAUUUUGGUGUUUCUCUGCUAUUGCCCCAUUUUCUUAUUUUAUUGGGGGAAGAGGCCUUUUGAUUGAAGUUGGUUGUUCAGGCUUGUUUUAGCUGAAAAUCAAAUUUUAAGAGAAUCUGAAGACAAUAAUUGGUGAAAAUUGAGGGUGAACUUUCAAGGAGGCAGAAAGCUAGAUGACCUAUAUCUCAAGUCAUAUUUAUGUGUCUAUGAGGUUCAGGGGAGAUUGGAUUGGAUUGGAUUAUUUUCUGUUGUAGUAGGAAGGACAAGAUACUAUUUAUGCAGAGGAAUCUUUUGUGGAGGCUUCCUUCAAGGUGUUUUCGAUAGUAGAGCCAAAUAGUUGGAUCCAAAUCACACACUCCUUUACCUUUAUUGUAGCAGAUUCUUUUCGACUAUUUUGACUUGGUAGGUGGUUAUUUGAAGUCACAAAAGGCACAACAGCUAGUGGAGUGAAGGGUCUCCUUUCAAAUCUCUCAUCAAGCAACAAGCAAAGUAGUGUGUUGUGCUAGCUUUCACUGUUUUGAAUCUUGUUGGAUUUCAGAAAGCUUUUGCAUUUUGAACUGGGAGCUGCUGUAUCAACCUCUUGCUUUCUGAUCCACAAAAGGUUUCUCCUAUAUAGGAAUUGGCAACGCAUAUGCUUUUGGUGGUCGUUAAGAGUUGAAUCUUUUGAGCAAGUUAGUUUUUGAGGCAUUGUUAUUGGUGCUGAAUCUGAUGAGUCGAGAGCAACAGAAGCGGGGGAAACAAGAGAAAGGUUCUGAUGCUGCCGAGAAGGUCAUUGUUGCCGUUAAGGCAUCAAAGGAAAUUCCAAAGACUGCUCUUGUAUGGUCCUUGACUCAUGUUGUUCAACCUGGAGAUUGCAUUACACUGCUAGUGGUUGUGCCUUCACAAAGUUCAGGCAGAAGAUGGGGUUUUCCAAGAUUUGCUGGUGACUGUGCCAGUGGUAUUAAGAAGUACCCUCCAGGAACAAUAUCAGAGCAGAAGAGUGACAUUACUGAUUCUUGCUCUCAGAUGAUCCUUCAGCUCCAUAACGUCUAUGAUCCAAACAAGAUAAAUGUGAGGAUUAAAAUUGUUUCCGGAUCACCUUGUGGAGCAGUGGCUGCUGAAGCCAAGAAAGCACAAGCCAAUUGGGUUGUAUUAGACAAACAGCUAAAAAAUGAGGAAAAGCGAUGCAUGGAAGAAUUGCAUUGUAACAUUGUGGUUAUGAAACGUUCUCAACCAAAAGUACUGCGCUUGAAUUUGAUCGGACCACAGAAGAAGGAUGUUGAAGAAGCAGGUCCAUCAUCUUCUGAGCAAGAUGAAAUGCCUGAAAAGAAAACCAAACAAAAGCUUGAUUCCUUAAAUUCUAUAAAAGGACCUGCUGUAACUCCAACUAGCAGCCCUGAGCUAGGGACACCAUUCACUGCAACUGAAGCUGGCACUUCAUCAGUUUCAAGCUCUGAUCCUGGAACUUCACCAUUCUUUAUCUCAGAGAUGAAUGGUGAGUGCAAAAGGGAGGAAACUAUCAAGGAAAGUCAGGAACUUGGUGAUACUAAUUCAGACACAGAAAGUGAAAGUUUGUCCACAUCUUCAGCAAGCAUGAGAUACCAGCCAUGGAUCACAGAACUGCUUUUGCAUCAACAAUCAUCACAACGCAAUGAUGAAAGAUCUGAUAUAUCUCAUGGUACGCCUCAAACGUCUACAACCAGAGGUUUCCUUGAAAAGUAUUCUAGGCUUGAUAGGGGGGCUGGAUUUGAAAUCUCAACCUAUAGAAACGACAUGGAUUUCAGUGGAAAUUUGAGAGAAGCGAUAGCAUUAUCCGGAAAUGCCCCACCUGGUCCCCCUCCAUUAUGUUCAAUAUGUCAACACAAGGCACCUGUUUUUGGAAAACCUCCAAGGUGGUUCAGCUAUGCUGAGUUAGAACUUGCAACUGGUGGAUUUUCACAGGCCAAUUUCUUGGCAGAAGGAGGGUUUGGAUCUGUUCACAGAGGGGUUCUACCAGAAGGACAAGUCAUUGCUGUCAAGCAACAUAAAUUGGCUAGUUCUCAAGGUGAUCUUGAAUUUUGCUCAGAGGUGGAAGUCCUAAGCUGUGCUCAGCACCGGAAUGUUGUUAUGCUCAUUGGAUUCUGUAUAGAGGACAAGAGAAGGCUACUGGUUUAUGAGUAUAUAUGCAAUGGAUCAUUGGAUUCACAUUUAUAUGGGCGACAAAGGGAUCCACUAGAAUGGUCUGCCCGGCAAAAAAUUGCUGUGGGGGCUGCUCGUGGGUUACGAUAUCUUCAUGAAGAGUGCAGAGUGGGUUGUAUUAUCCAUCGUGACAUGAGGCCAAACAACAUUCUCAUAACUCAUGAUUUUGAACCGCUGGUUGGUGAUUUUGGACUAGCAAGGUGGCAGCCUGAUGGAGAUACUGGUGUGGAAACUAGAGUGAUUGGAACAUUUGGGUAUUUGGCUCCUGAAUAUGCUCAAAGUGGCCAAAUCACUGAAAAAGCUGAUGUUUAUUCCUUUGGGGUGGUACUAGUGGAGCUUGUUACAGGGAGAAAAGCUGUGGAUCUCACUCGGCCAAAGGGUCAGCAGUGCCUUACUGAGUGGGCACGUCCACUGUUGGAAGAAUAUGCCAUUGAGGAACUGAUUGAUCCGAGGCUUGAUAAUCACUAUUCAGAACACGAGGUGUAUUGCAUGCUACAUGCUGCAUCCUUAUGCAUACAGAGAGAUCCACAAUGUAGACCACGCAUGUCACAGGUUCUCCGAAUACUAGAGGGUGACAUGGUGAUGGAUUCAAAUUACAUCUCAACUCCAGGUUAUGAUGUGGGAAACAGGAGUGGUCGAAUCUGGUCAGAGCCGUUGCAAAGGCAGCAGCAUUAUAGUGGUCCCUUGUUAGAAGAGUCUCUGGAGUCCUUCAGUGGGAAGCUAUCCCUUGACAAGUACAAGUCUUCUUAUUGGGGGGAUAGGGACAAGGCUAGACGGGCUUCAUGUGAAGAUGAUAUUUGAAGUGGUUGAUGAUGCAAAUUGCAUUCUUAUGUUAAAUAUGUUUGUUGCCUACCUGUUUUGUUGUUGUCUUUUCUGCAAUUGGGUCUAGUUUUGCAUCUGUAUAGCAGAGUGAAAGUAGGAUAGGUAAAUAUAGAAGUUUUUGAAAAAAAAUUAAGGAAAUCAUGUAAACUAGUGGCUAAAUGUCCUUCAACUCUCUCUCCCUGAUCUAUUACAUGGUCCAGGAAUAUCAUGGUCCCCCACUUAUCUCUACGUAUUA